UCUGGAAUUUUCGGUCUAUGUUCUGCUCUGCCCUGCGCGUCAUUAUCUCUUGUAUCCUCUCGCCUGUUUCCGGUUGCCGGAAGUAAUUAUCGGUUUGUCUUUUUGUUUACCUCCUCUUUCUCAGGCACGAAACGUUUCGACAGCGAAAAGGCUGGAGAUCGUGAGGUACAGCGCACCAUGUUGGAACUGCUGAAUCAGCUGGACGGUUUCCAACCGAAUCAUGACAUCAAGGUCAUUGCUGCUACCAACCGAGUGGACAUCCUCGAUCCUGCUCUGCUGCGCAGUGGUCGUCUGGAUCGAAAAAUCGAAUUUCCUGCGCCCAAUGAGGAAGCCCGUUCCCGUAUCAUGCAGAUUCAUUCCAGAAAAAUGAAUGUUAGUGAGGAUGUGAACUUCGAAGAACUUGCGCGUUGCACCGACGACUUCAACGGCGCCCAGUGCAAGGCCGUCUGUGUUGAAGCGGGUAUGAUUGCCCUCCGAAGAAACGCCGCUCAAGUAGUUCACGAGGACUACAUGGACGCCAUUUUGGAGGUUCAGGCCAAAAAGAAGACCAAUCUUAACUACUAUGCUUAA